GCUUGGCCGGCGCAGUGGCUGAGGCGAAGGGCCAGAGCGUUCUUGCCGCGUGCGCUCCCGGUCGCAGCGCGCCCCAGCCCGCCCAGCAUGUCCCAGACAGUGGCUCUGACCGGCCCCUCGCCCUGGGGCUUCCGGCUGGUGGGGGGCAAGGACUUCAGCACCCCGCUGACCAUCUCCAGGAUUAAUCCUGGGAGUAAGGCAGCCAUGGCUAACCUGUGCCCCGGAGAUAUUAUUCUGGCAAUUAAUGGAGAGAGCACAGAAAAUAUGACUCAUCUAGAAGCACAAAACAAGAUCAAAGCAUGUAUGGACCAGCUGAUGCUAUCUGUGAACAGGGCUGAAGGCAAGACUUGGUCUCCUAAUAUUCUAGAAGAUGGAAAAGCACAAGCUUACCGGAUCAACAUAGAGUCAGAAUCACAGGAUAAUGGGCCCACUCAGAGCCGAAGACCAGUGCCCUAUGCUCCCGGAGGGAGCCCCACUGACAACAAACAGAUGUUGAACUUACAGUACAAUAAUCCAACGCGACUCUAUCCAAAUAACAAUGUCGAAUCCAGUUUGCCAGCACAGAUGAGUGGUCUCCAUAUUGCUUCGCCACACAGUGCCGACCCUUUAAAACCUCUCCCGAGAAGCAGAAAUGGGAUUGACAUGGAGUCAGAUGUGUACAAGAUGCUCCAGGAUUAUGAAAAGCCAGCUUCGGAACCUAAGCAGUCUGGAUCGUUCCGGUAUUUGCAGGGCAUGUUAGAAGCCGGAGAGAAUGGUGAAAAACUCGACCGACUCGCUGGCCCAAGAAACAUCAAAUCUCCAGUAUCAAAACUUGGUGGUGCCAUGUCUGGAUUGCAGAUGCUUCCUGAGUGCACCAGAUGUGGAAAUGGGAUCGUAGGGACCAUUGUCAAAGCUCGGGACAAGCUCUACCACCCAGAAUGUUUCAUGUGCAAUGACUGUGGCCUAAACCUGAAGCAGAGGGGAUAUUUCUUCAUCGAGGAGCAGCUGUACUGCGAAACGCACGCAAAGGAAAGGGUUAAGCCCCCCGAAGGAUAUGAUGUUGUUGCUGUUUAUCCAAACGCAAAAGUCGAACUUGUCUAAGUGCAUACUCUAUUCCUGGAGAGGUCAAAAGGCAACUCGCCCACCCACACGCACGCCGCUAGUUUUAAAAUAUGUCUGUAAUCAACUCCGAUUACUAGCGUCUCAGUAAAAUGCCUAUUCAGAGAUAAAGCGGUUUACCCUAGGGAUCUCCAGGGGAUGGUGUUGAAAGCAUAUGAACAGAUUUUUUCCUUCCUUUUGACGCUCUGCUUUUGGGUUGUUAUGCUGAGGGGGUUUAAAUAAGUUCUGCCAUGGCCUUGUCCAAGUUCUGUGUAAAUACUGAUUAAUGUUCUACUAUGUUUCAUAUAAAACCAGUAUUCUUUUUUUUCUUUUCAUUUUAAAAUGUAAGGAAAACAUUUUAAAAGCUCAAAGGAAAUAAGGCACUUUAACAAGAGAAACUAACUUUUAUUGCAUUGCUUUAGAUCCAUACCUUUCAGUAACACAUUGAGACCAUGUGGAAGCUAUGUUCCUGCAAUGCAGCACGGUGGUGGGGUGGAGAGAGUUUCAGACAAGAUCUGAUAUUAAGCAGAAAUGACUGUCCUGGGCAAAAAUGAUCUUUUUAAAAAGCAGCCACAGUGAAAUUCACUAGUUACAUGACAUGGCAUUGACCUGAUCUGCAGACCUGAUCCAGGUUUCAAUCAAAAAGGAUUGUGCACCUACAUUCUGCUAUAACAGCGGUUCUCAAACUUUUGUACUGGUGACCCCUUUCACAUAGCAAGCCUCUGAGUGCGACCCUCCUUAUAAAUUAAAAACAUUUUUUAAUCUAUUUAACACCAUUAUAAAUACUGGAGGCAAAGCAAGGCUUAGGGUGGAGGCUGACAGCUUUCAACCCCCCAUGUAAUAACCUCAUGACCUCCGAGGGAUCCCAACCCCCAGUUUGAGAACCCCUGUGCUAUAAGGUUUGCUUUUGUGUUUCCUUAUAGUUCCUGGAAUUCUCUAGUUAUCUAGUGCUUAGGACCCCGAAAUAGUACUGGGGCUGCCUGGGUGAUUCCUGAACUGGUCUUCAGCUCCUAAGUUUGACUGCCUUGUUCUUCCCCCAGCAAAAGGUAUCUUUGUUUUUGUUCAUCAUAGGUCUGAUCCAACUUUUGCUGUUUUCAGUGGCCCCUAGAAUUGUACAGCAGCUCUUAAAACUACCUGCCAUCCUGGCUCUCUGUAAUUUCACAGCUGUGGAACUAAUAGCAAAAUCCAUCAAGAACUUAGCAAGUUACAUCAGAACUGGUAAAUGCAGCUACUCUUCCUGGUCUAGAGUGAGUGGGAUCAGAUUCGGGCCCACUGCUGCUCAGCGCAAACCUGAGCCAUUAACAAGGUUUGGUUUCCCUUUUGUUUGGGGGAAAUGUUUGGUUUUGUCGGCAGAGAUGUUUUGUUCUGGUGUUUGGAGGAUUUUCUUUUCCUUGGGCAUCCUGCUGGAACGGCAUCUGAUAUCCAGUAUUGGCUGAACGUUGGGCCGUUUUGUAAGCUGUGAGCUGAGAUUUGGCUGCUUGAUUGCCACUCCUGCUAAUGGAAGCCAUGUGGCCAAUUUCCCCCAUGCACUGCUUUGGAAACCUUACCCCUGCAUUACCAGCACAUUAAAAAUCAGAAGCCUGGAAACAUUUUUCUUUUAGAAAGGUCAUGUGUGCUGCUGCUGAUCUCUCCCAUUGGAAGAGGCAGUAGGAUGCAGUUGCCACAAUAACCACCAUACACUAGGCAGCUCAUGAGAUUAGUCCACCCUUCUGAAUUGAAUUUGCACUUCAGAGAGCGGUAGAAUGCAUUCCACUGAAAACUGGUGGACUGUAGUUUCCCCCAACUCCCUUUGGGAUCAGUGGGGGUUGGAGACACUCAGACACUGGAAUAUCUGACCUUUGAACCAUAGACGUGGUUUAAGAACAGAACGGAAAACAAAUCACCUUUUUUCUGUGUCAGAAAGCCGAACGUUGAACUGCGUGUUGCCAGGGUUACCGUAUCCUGGUUAUAGUUCUGGUCUUUUUCUUAGCAGUUAAAGAGCAUCAACAGUAACUCUUGAGAAACACAAGACCUCCCCACGGCAUUCCACGCGGCUCCUAGUAAAACAUUCAGUGCAAACGUUCAGUUCCGUUCCGGGCAGAUCAUAGGUUUUGAUCACUCCCCAGAAAAGAAUGUGUUGUGGUUUGAAUUGGACAGUCCAGGACAGCAUUAUUGAUCAAUAUCAAAAAGAGUUACUAUCUGAUGGGGGGGGGGGGGUGCUAUUUCUGCCUUGGAGCAGUAGCCCCUUUCCCCUACUCCAGCCCCUUAGUGCCAGGGUCAGCUUCAGCUUUUUUGCCGCCCCAAGCGGCGAAGUG